GUGUUUCCGUCUGGUCGUGUAGCUUCCGGCGGAGCGAGUUCUGGAGCUUCCCUGUGUGCGGGGCGAUUUGCUGUCCCGACUCAUCCCCCCCUCUCCCGCUGAGCGGGGCCAGGGCUUGGGCUUCCCUAAAACAUCGCUGGGACCAGCAGCCACUGGCAGGAAACCUUGCAAAAUUCCCUCCGGUUUCUCAGAAAAUCGGUGUCCUGGAAAGUAAAUGUAGCUGAAAGUCCUGCAAGCUCUAUGGGUUACUCAGCGACCUAGGGGUUUGUGGUAGCUUAGAAAAGUAGAUCAGAAUCUUAAGACUUCACAACUAUAACCUGCCAAAUAAAAAUUCCAAGGCUAACCAAUCCAUGAGUGGGCAUCGAUCCUCAAGGAAGCGAUGUGGAGAGUCCCGCUUAGAAUCCCCUAUGGAUUGUGGUCAUGUUCCUGCUACAGUGUGUGUGUUACGCAAGUUGGUUCAGUUGCCAACACCGCCAUUGUCAAAACACCAGCUAAAGCGGUUAGAAGAACACAAAUAUCAGAGUGCUGGACAGUCCUUGCUUGAGCCACUAAUGCAAGGUUACUGGGAAUGGCUAGUUGGAAGAAUUCCAGCCUGGAUUGCCCCAAAUCUGAUCACCAUUAUUGGACUGUUAAUAAACAUAUGUACAACAGUAAUAUUAGUGUAUUAUUGUCCAACAGCUGCGGAGCAGGCACCUCCGUGGGCAUAUCUUGCUUGUGCAUGUGGCCUUUUCAUUUACCAGUCUUUGGACGCUAUUGAUGGAAAACAAGCAAGAAGAACCAAUAGUAGUACUCCUCUGGGAGAACUUUUUGACCACGGUUGUGAUUCACUGUCCACAGUCUUUGUGGUUUUGGGAACUUGUAUUGCUGUGCAGCUGGGGACGAAUCCUGACUGGAUGUUCUUUUGUUGUUUUGCUGGGACGUUCAUGUUUUAUUGUGCACACUGGCAGACGUAUGUCUCUGGAACAUUGCGCUUUGGAAUAAUUGAUGUGACUGAAGUGCAAAUCUUCAUAAUAAUCAUGCAUUUACUGGCCGUGAUUGGAGGACCAUCUUUUUGGCAAUCAAUGAUUCCAGUGCUGAAUAUUCAAAUGAAAAUAUUCCCAGCUCUUUGUACUGUUGCAGGAACCAUAUUCUCCUGCACAAACUAUUUUGGUGUGAUCUUCACAGGUGGUGUUGGCAAAAAUGGAUCGACUAUAGCUGGAACAAGUGUCCUUUCACCCUUUCUUCAUAUUGGAUCAGUGAUCGUAUUAGCUGCAAUGAUCUACAAGAAAUCUGCUGUGCAGCUCUUUGAAAAGCAUCCUUGCCUAUAUAUACUUACUUUUGGUUUUGUAUCUGCUAAGAUAACUAACAAAUUGGUGGUUGCACAUAUGACCAAAAGUGAAAUGCAUCUGCAUGAUACAGCAUUCAUAGGUCCAGCACUUUUGUUCUUGGACCAGUACUUUAACAGCUUUAUUGAUGAAUAUAUUGUACUUUGGAUUGCCAUGAUCUUUUCCCUCUUUGAUUUGCUUCGCUACUGCAUCAGCGUGUGCAAUCAGAUUGCUUCCCAUCUACGCAUCCAUGUAUUCAGAAUCAAGGUCUCUUCCACACAUUCUAAUCACCAUUAGUGACUGGGUGGUUGCUGUGAUGAGAAAUACAAAACAAGUGUUUUCUAUAGGGAGGAAUAUGAACAUAUUUGAGACUAAGGCAAAAGGAGCAGAUAAGAACAAAUCUAAUUUAUAAUAAUCAACGUUGUAUAACUUUUAUUCUUUGUUACUGGUAACACUCCUUAACUAGUCUUUGCCUCUGAGAGAGUGAAUUCCAAGUACUCUCCAGUCAAACAUCAUGUAGUCAACUCUACUGGUUCUGUGCCCAGGAAAGCAUGCAGGAAGUAAUACUUUGUCUUUGUAAUUACCUUGAAUACAGAAUAAACUGUGGUGAAUGGAUCCCUAACAACUGAAAUUUCUAAUGUAGUAUAUUUACAAACAGCAAAAAAUGUGCUUUAUAAUUUUAAUAUUUCAUCAUCUUAGUGAAAUUCUUUAGUGUUCACUUGAAAUUUCUUUUACUAAAGAGCUGAGCUUGUAAAACAGAGAUAUCCCACUAGCUUGUGUGACUGAAAUAGCUGAAGGGACUUUCAGUCCAGAUUGAGGUGGUUCAUUUGCUUACAUAUACUGUUCAACAGUAUAUUUUUAGUGGGGCCCUGUCGGAGAAGGGCGUGACUAUCAGCAUGCAAUAUAGUGCGGUGUCUUUGUAAAUUAAUUUUUUUUAAAUAAAAAAAACUUAUUUCACAA